CUGGCGGGAAUAUCAUCCAUCGGGUUCUCUCUCUGCUAGUUCAAUUGUCUCCCUCCUGCAUCUUUCUCCUUUUUUUCCCGCCAAAAGAAAGAGAGUAAGAGGAAGAAGAAAAUGAACAACGGCAACGCCGGCAAGAAGAGAGGUCCGGCUUCGUCCGGAUCAGAACCUACGACGAAGCACCAAGCAAUGAUAGAAGAAGAGGAGAUGGACGAGGACGUGUUCUUUGACGAAACUCUCCUUCAAGAAGAAGAAGAAGCUCUCCGCAACGCAGAAGAGCGGGAAGCACUUGCUUCCCAUCUCUCAAAGUGGAAGCGCCCUCUUCUUUCCGCUGCUUAUCUCUCCCAGUCUCAGAGCAUCAUUUUCCAACAACUUGAGAUCGAUUAUGUGAUCGGAGAUAGUCAUAAAGUGCUAAUGCCAAAUUCCUCUGGUCCGGCUGCCAUUCUCAGAAUGUUUGGUGUCACAAGGGAAGGACACAGUGUCUGCUGCCUUGUUCACGGCUUUGAGCCAUAUUUCUACAUCAGCUGUCCUCCAGGAAUGGGCCCAGAUGAUAUCUCUCGCUUCCAUCAAAUUCUUGAGAGUAGGAUGAAGGAAGCAAAUAGAAACAGUAAGGUUCCCAAGUGUGUUCUACGGAUUGAGAUGGUGCAGAAGAGGAGCAUAAUGUAUUACCAGCAACAGAAAUCUCAGCCAUUUCUCAAAAUUGUUGUUGCAUUGCCUACAAUGGUCACUAGUUGCCGAGGAAUCCUUGAUAGGGGCAUACAAAUUGACGGUCUUGGUUUAAAGAGCUUCAUGACAUAUGAAAGCAAUGUCCUUUUUGCUCUUCGUUUCAUGAUUGAUUGCAAUAUUGUUGGAGGCAAUUGGAUCGAAGUUCCUGCAGGAAAAUAUAUGAACGCAACAAGGCAGUUGUCUUAUUGCCAGUUGGAGUUUGAUUGCCUGUAUUCUGAUAUAAUCAGUCAUGCCCCUGAAGGAGAGUUCUCAAAAAUGGCUCCUUUUCGCAUUUUGAGUUUUGACAUUGAGUGUGCUGGUCGCAAAGGGCAUUUUCCUGAGCCUAGUCACGAUCCUGUUAUUCAGGUUGCCAAUCUAGUGACUCUUCAAGGAGAAAACCAGCCAUUUGUACGCAAUGUCAUGACACUUAAAUCAUGUGCUCCAAUUGUUGGUGUUGAUGUAAUGCCAUUUGACACUGAAAGAGAAGUUUUACUAGCUUGGAGGGAUUUUAUCCGAGAAGUGGAUCCUGAUAUUAUAAUUGGUUAUAACAUCUGCAAAUUUGAUUUGCCAUAUCUCAUUGAGAGAGCUGAGGCCCUAAAAAUAGCAGAAUUUCCAAUAUUAGGCCGCAUCAGGAAUGGCAGGGUGCGUGUAAAGGAAACCACCUUUUCUUCAAGACAAUAUGGAACGAGGGAAAGUAAAGAAGUUACAAUUGAAGGGAGAGUUCAGUUUGAUUUACUUCAGGUCAUGCAAAGAGAUUACAAACUAAGUUCUUAUUCAUUAAAUUCUGUAUCAUCACAUUUUCUUCAAGAGCAGAAAGAAGAUGUCCAUCAUUCAAUAAUAUCUGAUCUUCAGAAUGGAAACUCAGAGACUAGGAGGCGGCUUGCUGUCUAUUGCCUGAAGGAUGCUUAUCUUCCACAACGACUUUUGGACAAACUGAUGUUCAUUUACAAUUAUGUAGAGAUGGCUCGGGUCACAGGUGUUCCCAUCUCUUUUUUGCUUUCAAGAGGGCAAAGUAUUAAGGUUCUUUCACAACUUCUUAGAAAGGCAAAACAGAAAAGCCUUGUAAUUCCAAAUGUCAAACGGCAGGGUUCUGACCAAGGAACUUAUGAGGGUGCAACUGUUUUGGAGGCUAAGGCAGGGUUCUAUGAGAAGCCCAUUGCAACAUUGGAUUUUGCAUCUCUGUAUCCAUCAAUCAUGAUGGCAUACAAUCUAUGUUACUGCACUCUGGUAAUGCCUGAAGAUGCCCGCAAACUCAAUUUACCUCCAGAAUGUGUCACUAAAACUCCAUCUGGUGAAAUUUUUGUCAAAUCAAAUUUACAAAAGGGCAUACUUCCAGAAAUUCUUGAGGAACUUUUGGCUGCUCGUAAAAGAGCAAAAGCGGAUCUAAAGGAAGCAAAGGAUCCCUUUGAAAAGGCUGUGCUUGAUGGUCGCCAGCUGGCUCUGAAGGUAAGCGCCAAUUCUGUAUAUGGGUUUACAGGAGCUACUGUUGGCCAGUUACCCUGUCUUGAGAUAUCAUCUAGUGUGACUAGCUACGGCCGACAAAUGAUUGAACACACAAAGAAGCUUGUUGAGGAGAAAUUCACAACACUUGGGGGCUACAAACAUAAUGCUGAGGUUAUUUAUGGUGACACUGAUUCAGUUAUGGUACAAUUUGGUGUGCCUACCGUAGAAGAAGCAAUGCAGUUGGGAAGAGAAGCUGCUGACUACAUAAGUGGCACUUUCAUUAAGCCCAUCAAACUAGAGUUUGAAAAGGUUUACUAUCCAUAUCUACUUAUUAGCAAGAAGAGAUAUGCUGGGCUAUUUUGGACAAAUCCUGAUAAAUUUGACAAGAUGGACACUAAAGGCAUUGAAACAGUUAGAAGGGACAAUUGUCUCCUAGUAAAAAACCUGGUGAAUGAAUGUCUCCACAAAAUCUUAAUUGACCGGGAUAUUCCUGGUGCAGUCCAGUAUGUCAAGAAUACCAUUUCAGAUCUUCUAAUGAACCGCAUGGAUUUGUCGCUUCUAGUUAUAACUAAGGGCCUGACAAAGACAGGGGAUGAUUAUGCAGUGAAGGCAGCACAUGUUGAACUUGCUGAACGAAUGCGCAAGCGAGAUGCUGCAACUGCUCCAGAUGUUGGUGAUCGUGUACCAUAUGUCAUUAUUAAAGCUGCUAAAGGUGCAAAGGCUUAUGAAAGGUCAGAGGAUCCCAUAUAUGUGCUAGAGAAUAACAUACCAAUAGAUCCCCAAUAUUACCUUGAAAACCAAAUUAGCAAGCCACUUUUGAGGAUAUUUGAUCCCAUACUAAAGAAUGCGAGCAAGGAACUCUUCCAUGGUAAUCAUACAAGAUCUGUCUACAUUUCAACUCCUUCAAACAGUGGUAUAAUGAAAUUUGCUAAGAAGCAGCUCAGUUGCUUGGGAUGCAAAGCUCUAAUCAGUAAUGAAGAUCAAACUCUCUGUUCACACUGCAAGGGAAGAGAAGCUGAGCUAUAUUGCAAAACGGUUGCUAAUGUGCGGGAACUUGAGAUACUGUUUGGGAGUCUGUGGACACAAUGCCAGGAGUGCCAAGGUUCUCUUCACCAGGAUGUACUCUGUACAAGUCGUGAUUGCCCAAUAUUUUAUCGGCGGAAGAAGGCACAGAAGGACAUGGCUGAAGCCAAGCUGCAGUUAGAUCGCUGGAAAUUUUGAGAGUUACCGGAAAUGAUACCCUUGUUUUCUUCUGUAAUGAUUUUCUAAGAUGCAAUCCUUCCUAACUUGCAUUUCAACAAGGAUCCUUCUAACUGCACAUAUUGGAAGCAGAGAUGACCAGCAUUGGUGGAAUGCUUCAGAAUUGUGCCAAUUCUGUUGAGUACCAUGCACAUUCUUUUGGUAUCAUCUGGCUCUUUUGUAAAGGGUCUCGAACUGACAGCUUCAAAACCUUGAUUCACUUCAGAGGAAAAUGAAGUGACGCUUAUGACAUUGUUUCACUGAUUGGUUGGUUCCUCAUUGAGCUUGGUUUUGCUUGGGAACGUUGACUCAUUGCUGCUUGUUUCAAUUUACAGCAAUAAGGUUCAAAAACCGACUUGCUGUUCCUGAUAUUACCACGUGACAGCUCUUGUGACGGUAAAGGUUCCUGUGUUGGCCACAUCAUCUCCUUUUCAUCCCUAUGGGGCCCCUUGUCACGUCAAAAGGAAGUAGCGACUUUAUUCUAACCUUAAUUUUGAAACUUCUACAGGAUAAAAUUUCAGAGAAGGGCUUUGACUUGAGAUACCUUACACAGAGCCAAGGUGGACUGCAUCCGAACCGAACAUGGUUGAAAGAGAAACUGUCCCUAAGCUUCGAUUUUAUUUCUUGUAAUGUAAUGCUUUUUAUUGAAAGAUGUAGUAGUGUCAAUUGGACAUGACAUGACACCUGCUUUAUCUACUAAUUAAUUAUGUGUGGUCGAGUUCAUUAACCAUAUUCUUUAUUUUU